CUUUGCCUGGGGCUCAGCCUUUCCAACUCAGUGAAUGAUUUACCUUCAGCCUUAGCAAACAACAUUUUCCAUAUGGGUAAUCAUUAACAGUUAGAGACAUAUUAAAUGGACAAACAGGAUGCGCUAUAUCAUGUCUAUCUACAGACCUACAUUUAAGUCCACGUCAAGGGGUUAGCAAUCUUUCAGUGAAGGAUAUUUUGGCCCACAUCAUUAUCUGAUUUCAUUAACAUCCGCUGCUGCUAAGUGUUGUAGACUACGAAGUUUAAUAUUUGCACAAGCUUCAUGUAAUGCGAGUAGCAUACCUUUUGAUGUAACGUAAGCUGAUUGAAUUUGUUGCCAGAUCACAUUGAUGUGUUCUAAGCAUCCUGGGAAACCUGGAAUGCCCGCUUUUUGUACUGAAGUGUCAAUGAAAGAGUUCUUUAAUAGAUAGUAGUACUCACGAAUAACAUUUUUGAUAAAUGUGUUGGCUAGAGAGUCUUUAUCAGCGCAGUUCUUUGAAAAGAGCCUUGCAGAAUGGAUUAAACUUGUUUUGUGUGCAAAGCUAGGAAGCCCAUAAAAAAGCUGAUUUCAUUAACAUCUGCUGCUGCUAAGUGUUGUAGACUACGAAGUUUAAUAUUUGCACAAGCUUCAUGUGAUGUGAGUGUCAAACCUUUUCAUGUAACAUAAGUGGUUCAAUGAAGAGAAAAAGAAAGAAGACUGGCUCCAUCUAAAGAAAAUGCCUUUAGCAUUGAAGAAAAAGCUACCAGAGUAUGGAUUUUAUAGAGAAUUUAAUAACACUACCAGAAGUUUUAAAACAUUGCUUUGUUUCAGUCUGAAUCGGGAAAACAAGACACUUUGGGAUCUUUGGGGAUAUACGUACAAUGAUCCAUGCCAAAGCCACGCAGAAAGCAUUGUGUUGAAAGAAAUAGAGCAUUUCUUUAAAGAAUGCCACCCAGACACAGUUCAAAAGUACAAACUGACAUUGUAUAUGUCUUUCAGCCCUUGCUAUAAGUGCUGUGAAAGCUUGGCUAACUUUCUGAAAUCAGAAGAAAGAAUUGAUCUACACAUAAGAGCCUCAAAACUAUACUUCUCUCAGAACUCUAGCAAUCAGAAAGGUCUGCAGCAGCUCAAGCACCUAGGGGUCUCUAUAAAGGUGAUGGACAAGGAGGAGUUUCAGGACUGUUUCUAUUUGUUUGUCAAUGAGCUGAAGCAGUUUGAAGGGUGGCCUGAUCUGGACAAAAUGAGUGUACAGUAUUCUGCUGCUCUGGAAGCCAUUUUGAAUCAGUGCAAGACAAAUACAGACUCGGGAAACGUCUCUGCAGACAGUGCUGCACUGGAGAGCAGUCCACUUCACGCAGAUCCCACCGGUCACUUUGACAACCUGACCCCUGACAACAACAACAGAGACAGGCCAUCUGAGAGUGAAACUCCACAGAAAUGCAGCAUUAAAGAUGGAUGUGUUGGCAGUUCUAAAGGAGUUAAAAGGAAGCUUUCUUUUGAGGAUUAAAAAGAUAAGACCCCAACAUAUACACACCGCUUGGAUGACAAUUGUCAAGUUCAUGUAAUACACAGUGUUGCCAGGAUAAACCACAGAUGGAAUUUGUAUAAUUUACAGCACUGGAGAAUCAUUCUGGAUUGCAUGAACCAUACCUACUGUAUCUGUAGGUGUAAAAUAUUAUUUUGACAUCAUAUAUGAUUUUGCAGUAGACUAUAAAUAGUAUUAUGACAUUAUGAUGAAAACACUAGAUAAACACAUAUUAUACUGACCCCAUAUCACAACAACACUUUGUGAAGAUGUAUACCACAGCGGCAGGAAACAAUUUCUUUCAGUGCUUUACUACAAACAUGGCUCUUUAUUAUUAAGGAAAUCACUGGCAGUAUCUUUGCUGUCUUGUCUAAUUUAGGUUGGGAAAUAACUAGUUUUUAACAAUCUUAAGAAUAAUGGCAUGGUUUUUGUUAACUGUUUUAUAUUGUUAUUGAUCGUUCAUUGAAUGGAAUGAAUUAUGAAUUGAUGUAUCAUCAUUUCUUUUGGCUCUAGCAAUGAAGAGGUGAUGCUUCUGAUCGCACUCCGAAAUAUCAAUGUAAAAUCGUAUCCUUACUAGUUUAUGAAUGCUGUAUAGACACUUUUUCAUACCUUUCUUACCACAAAAACACAAUGAGGCUAUCAGAAUACAUACUAAUGCUUGAUGUGUCAAAUUAUUGAACAAAGGGAAAAUAAAAUACAAAAUGUCUGAUGUA